UAAAUGCAGCGGCGAAACUAUCCUUCCCUACAGCGACCGCGACUGCGGUGUUUUCCUUGGCGAAAGGCGGCAGCAGCGGCGGCAUCUUCCUCCGUCGAGCUCUUAUCGCUGCGGCAUUUUCCUCAGAGAACGGUGGAUGCUGCGGCUUCCUCUCCGUCAGCGAACGGUACAACACCCGGUAUCUCUCUCUUACUCCUCCUCCUCCUCCUUCGCCGUCGCACAAUCCCUUCUCCUCCCUCCUCCUCCCUCUUCCCCCUUUCGUCGCAGCUCUCCCGCUUCCCUGACACCAUCCUUCUUCUCCCUUCUCCACCCUCCUCUCUCUUUCACCCGUUCAUCGCAGCCCCUCGCCCCUCUUCCCCGAUCCCUUCCCCUCCUCCACUUCAUCACAGUCCCCGCCCCCUGUUUUCCUACUCCGAUCCCAACGGUCCCCUCUCCGUUUUCCUACUCCGGACCCGACAGCCCCCUCUCCAUUAUCUUGCUCCGGCCCCGACAGCCCCCAUCUCCCUCCUCUACACCCCUCUUCGCCCUCUCUAUACAUCUUCCCCUCCCCUUUCCUACUCCCUGAUAGUUACCCGCUACCCUCCCAACAUGCAGUCAGCAGCAUGUCAUGAGCAUAUACUUUAAAGAAAUAGCUAGUCACAGUAUGCAAGUUAAAUAUUGUUGUUAAGAUAGACAGCAGGAGAAGUGCUGCUUUUAUAAAGAGCAAAGGGAAUUGGGGAGUCUUAGAGAAAAAGAAAAAAACACAGAAAAGAUAGAGCAAGAGAUAGCAGAGACAAUACUUGGGUCACUGUCCAAAGAAAAUCAUAAUUAUUUGUCAAUAGAAUCAUGCACAAGUCUGACUAUUCCUCAUGUGAAGCAUUUUAAUUAAAAAUAUACCUAAGAUAAUACUAAUCUGACUAGGUUUCCCAAAAGAAGCUCUCUCAAAAGCAACUGCUUAUUUUGAUGAAGUGUUUGGUUCAUCAAACUUCUUAGUUUUCAUAUUAUGUUUACUGCAUUGAAGUUUCCUUUUCAAGCACAUCAGAAAAUUUCUACACAAAACCCCAUAUGAUACAAAGGACUCGAAUCAAUCUAAUCUACAUGUUGAGUAAACAACUAGAAUUUGACUUGAUUUCAAAACCCGAAAAUAGACCCAAAAUCUCAAUGUAUUUGGUUAGGUAUAAUCUUACACCUUUAUGUCAGCAUAGUUUGUUCUCUGCUGUAGUGCUGAAAGCAACUAUCUCCGCUACUUGUGGCUGAUUCGUACCUCAGAACACACCGGCCUGCUUAUAUUUGAAUUGUCAAAUCUUGUAUUUGCUGGUUUAGUUGGUGAUUUGAAGGAGAUUUUGCAGGGAUAUAGGAUGCUUGGUAGUGUUUAAACCAACCAACUACAAUGGAAAAAUAAGUGGAAUAUUGUGUCUGUACGCUGGUGUUGUAUGAUGCCAUUAUUUCAGAAGUGGAGAAUUGCUUGGAUGUGAGCAUGAUAAUAAGUAACUAAUCAUAGGUACUCUUUAUCAACUCUCAAAAACCAUUUAGAGACUUAUCUAUGAAAGAAAUGGCUGAUUGGAACUGAAUGCAUGUGGAUUAACACGAGUGGUAUAGGAAUGUUGUCUGAGACAGAUGAUUAGUUGAAAGUUUUCAACAUCCUUGAUUUGAGGCAGAAGAGGAAUUUGGACUUGGAGAGGGCAGAAAUAAGAUUACUUUUCUUGUAUUUUUCUGCAAACAGUACGUGAUACUGCCUCAAAAGACAAUGUUUUUGGUGCAGAAGAGGCUCUUUUGCCUUCUCUCAUGUAACAAGUCCACCGUCCAUGUUUCCUCCUAUCAACUCUGCAGUCUGUUUAGCUUUUCCACUGCCGAAGAGCACAGUUCAAAUCAUAGAUCCAACUUUACGUUGGUUGACCCCCUUGAGUCAUGUGAACUUUCCUCAAAAGAGGCUGCAAAAAUGGCCAAUGAUCGCAUCUGUGAAAAAGAACUUUCAAAUUCAAGUCUUUCCAUUGAGUUCUUUAAGCAGAGCGGUUGGAGUGAUGCACAAGUCAUGAAGCUUAUGCAGAGGCAACCCAGGUUUCUACGUGCUAACGUAGAGACUAUCCUGAAGCCCAGGAUGAGAUCUUUGCAGGACAUGGGAUUUUCUGACACUGAAAUAGUUCAGCUGGUUUCAUCAUGUCCGGUUCUGCUCUAUUUACGUGAUAUCCAACCAAGGAUCAACUUCUGGAGGUCACUUCUUGGUUCUAAUGAGAGGUUAAUUGAAGCCAGCAGGAGUAACAUGUUUCUCCUUUCUUCUAGCUUGGCUCAAAUGAUUGAGCCCAAUAUAUAUCUCUUGAGGGAAUGUGGCAUCAGUGAGCAAUGCAUCACGCGGAUGUUGGUGACACUACCGAGGUUUUUUUGUCGAAGGAACAAAUGUAUCAAUGAAUCUAUCAAACAUGUUGAGGAGUUGGGUGUGUCACGUGACUGUAAAAUGUUCCCUCAUGCACUUUUUAUAGUCAUGACCCUGAGCAGGUCCAGGUUUGAUGCUACCUUUGCAACCCUGAUGAGCUUUGGGUGGUCCCAACCAGACAGCCUUGCUGCAUUCAGGAGGCAUCCAGGCAUUUGGAAUUUCUCAAAGAAGAACUUAUCUGACAAGAUGACAUUCCUUAUGGAGGAAGCUGGUUGUGAGCUGACAUAUGUCGUUUGCCGUCCCGUGCUUCUUACUUUAAGCUUGGAGAAGAGGUUGAGACCUCGAUAUGAAGUUAUGAAAUUUCUUAAUCAGAAUAAAUUCCUGGAUAAAGGAUAUAACCUGCUAUCUGUCAUGGUGCUUUCUGAAGAGAAGUUCAGAAACAAAUUCCUUUUCCUGCUAAGCAAGGAGAAAUUUAUUUCUCAAUAUGAUUCCUAUGUUGUUGCUGUGCAGGGAAAGCACUACGUUGUUGCUGAAAACUAGGAUCGCGAGUGCUUCCUUAAGACAAAGUGUCAACCUAUUGCAUGCUGACUGCAAAUUAAUCAUUUUACAUUUGUGACAAUUUAAAUUCUGAAAGAGUUUCUUGGAGUAACUUCCAUGU